AUGUACACCAUGCAGCUUGCAUCCUGUCUUGCACUGACGCUCGCACUCCUCGUCAACAGUGCGCCCACUUCAAGCUCUAAAAAGGAAACCCAGCAGCACCUCGAGCAGUUACUGCUGGACUUACAGGUGCUUCUGAAAGGGAUCAAUAAUAACAAGAAUCCGAAACUCCCCAUGAUGCUCACGUUUAAAUUUUACAUGCCCAAGAAGGCCACAGAACUGAAACAUCUCCAGUGCCUGGAAGAAGAACUUGGAGCCCUGCAGAGUGUGCUGGAUUUGGCUCAAAGCAAAAGCUUUCAGUUGGAAGAUACUGAGAAUUUCAUCAGCAAUAUCAGAGUAACAGUUGUGAAACUAAAGGGCUCUGAAAACACAUUCACGUGUGAAUUCGAUGAUGAGACAGUAACUGUGGUGGAAUUUCUGAGCAGAUGGAUCACCUUCUGUCAAAGCAUCAUUGCAACAAUGACUCAAUAA